UCGUCGCGCGUCGGGAAUGUCACGCGUCGCGCUACGUGUCACAAUGUUCGACGCUACCCUCAUCAUGUUCUGCAUCAUCAGCGGCGCGUUCUGCGCGCAGGAGCAGCUGCAGGGCGAACACGAGGAGCUGCGACCCGAGGAGUCACAUGCGGGCCCCCUGGAGAAGCGCUCCCCGCACUACGACUUCGGCCUCGGCAAACGCGCCUACAGCUACGUGUCGGAGUAUAAACGAUUGCCGGUCUACAACUUCGGGUUAGGAAAAAGAUCGCGGCCGUACUCGUUCGGUCUGGGGAAGAGGUCAGCUGACGACGACGUGACGGAUGAGGUGGCCAUCGACGUCGACGCCGCGCUCAACGACGACAUCGACACCUACGACGAUACGCCAGGAUUCGAAGUGAAGCGCGCUCGGCCGUACAGCUUCGGCCUGGGGAAGCGGUUCGAUAACGACGAGCAGGAGAAGCGCGCCCGCAUGUACGACUUCGGCCUCGGCAAGCGGCCCUACCUCUACAACUUCGGCCUGGGCAAGCGCGCACGACAGUAUGACUUCGGCCUUGGGAAACGGUACAGCAAGUUCAACUUCGGCCUGGGCAAGCGGCAGCGCGACCUGCACCGGUUCAGCUUCGGCCUCGGCAAGCGGUCACCCGCCGACGACGACGACCUCGACGUUUAAACGCACACGACACGAUCACUCGCGGGGAAUAUGUUUUUUUUUCGACGAGGAUUUUUUUAACGUAGCCCUAAAGCCGAAGGAUAAGAAAUAGAAACGACAAAAUAACAUUUUGAGAAACAAUUUCAAGUUAAUUAAACUGUAGCGGUAUUUUUCAUUUCGAUGUUAUUUCUUAUUUAAACUCGUUCCUCGUGAGUUUUCACUUUAGAUAUCAAUUAAUUGUAAGCUAGCGAACGUAAUUCCUUGAAUAUGUGAUAACAUUUCGUUCAUUGAUUUGAUAUUUCGUUGUGUUUAGAUCAAAAUGGCGGAAGACACAAUUUUAUAGUUACGACUAAGUAUUAGCCAUAACAGAGGAACUCAUACGAGCAAAACAAAAGAAAAAGCCUUUUAAUUAAAAUAGAUAUUUUGUUAGUUAACGCAAACUGUAAUAAAGUAACUUUUUUCAACGGUUAAAUCUUGUAAUUAAUGCCCUCUUGCCUAAAAUAAAAUAGUAUUUUCAUUCAUUGUUGUAAUAAAUUUAAAAAGUG